CGAGUACACAAGGAUGAACUGCCUUAAAUGGCAGCAGCAGCAAGAGAGUAUCUACCAAUUCCAUCGUCAGAGGUGUCAGUGGAACGAUUAUUCAAUGCGGCAAGAGAUAUAUUAGGUAUCCGGAGAUAUUCGAUAAAGGGUGAAACAAUGCGGAUGUUGAUGUUGAUAAAUGAUCCCUAUCCAAAGCCCUAGAAUUCCAGCAGCCAAGUUAUCUAAAAAUCUUUAUAGAAAUCAGAUUAAAGCUAGUCCUAAUGAAGUAGUUUACCGAUUCACCGAUUUCGCCGAUAUUGACCAAAAUUUAACGGAUAAAAUAUCGGUAGAAUAGAAAGCUGCCGAUAUAAAUCGGCGAAUCGUAUCCGCAAACCUGAAAGGUUGACGAUAUCGUAUCCGUGCCGAUAUCGUAUCCGCAAAAUCG